AUGGCUUGUUGGCCUGAUAUCAUGGAGGCUAUUGCUUGGGCGAAAGGGUCCAAAUUCUACGAGAUUAUGGAAAUCACACAGGUAUUUAAGGGAAGCUUGAUCAGUGCUAUUAGAAGACUGGAUGAAGUUCUUCAGCAGCUAAUACAAGCUGCAAAAUACAUUGAAGAACUUGAGCAUCAAACAAAAUUUGAGGACGCUGUUGCCAGGAUCAAGAGGGAUAUUGCUUUUGCUGCAUCUCUAUACUUGUUGACUGAUAGAUUUUGGUUUUGCUCUGAAAUAUAAGAUAGGGAUGUAAACCCCUGCAAGAGUAAUUUUGAGUAAUCUGCAAGCAGAUGCAUGCAGUAUCGCUACUGGUAAAAGAGAUGGGAGAUCAGUUCCGCCAAGUCAUGUCAUAUGGUGUCCAACAUUUCUGGUGCGCUAACUUGUAUCCAUGGAGGCUCUCACUGUGGAAUUAUAUUUUCUGCAAUAAAGAAGAUCAUCUUAGUUUUAACAACGAUACCCUCAAGGAUUGUUCAUAUCAAGAGUAGAAAAGGAGACUAUCCUUGGCUUUCAUUUUAGGCACCAAAAC